CUUUGUGGCUCUUAUCUACCAACUCCUAGCGUGUCCCAGUGCGCUCUACAUUUCAACUUUGUUGCUAAUCAUUUAUAUUGACCCCAUUCGAAGCUUCGCACCUUCUUACUUGCAGUGUUGUUUCCGCGUGAUUUGGAUAAGCAUUUCGUUUAAGAAGGCUCCUGUGUUCAAGGCUGCAACCCACACGGGCAGGUUUGUAGCUCCAUUCUGUCUUCGUUGAAGGCAAGGGGACGGGAACUUAACCAAGCUGUCUGGGGACCCAAACUUCACCAAGUUAUCUCUGAUCGGUUCUCGGUUUUUGUUGAGAUGGUCGAUGAACUGAAGAAGCGUUUUGCUGGCUUUGCCGAAGGAGUGGUGGUUAUGGUAUGCCCAGUGCUUGUAGCAAUUGCUCUCGACAAGGUCGACGUCAAAGUGUAUGGACACCACGCUUUCUUUGCCAUGCUCGGCAUGGCAGCUAUCACUUUGAUAAUCGGUAUCUGCCCCUUUCUCGUCUGCUGGUUCUCCGGGAUAUUCGUCAGCCCUGUCCCGGUUACCGCUAUCCUGGCAACCCUUUCCUCUUGUUCCCUCCUCAUCCUCACCUGCUUCAUCGCCCAGCUCGUUGUCCCCAAAAACACUUUAAUCAUCUGGGGCGUCGUAUUUGGAUUCCUCGUCCUGCUUCGAGCAGUCGAGUACUACCGUCGAGGGGAUUUCAAUCAGUAUGAACAAAACAAGAUACUCAAUGAAUCACAUGAGUUCUUGACGGGUGUCACUGGAGUUCUCUUUCUGGGGCUGGAAGGUUUGGCACUCGAAGGUCAUGACGAUCCGAUGUUUCAAAAGGGCGGGCCUGUGGCGAACGCCAGCUUCAUAGUUUGCGCUACUGGCGUAUUCAUGAUGUAUCUCGAGAUGACCCCACCUAUAGAUUUCUCACAACAACGUCAUAUUGCUCUUUUGACUCUGACGCUUGACAGCUUCAUGGCUGGUGGAACCUUCAUCCUGUUGAUGCUCGUCAUGUUUAAGCUCAUGGGGCUCUUCGCCCUCUUCCUCUUGGCACCCCCGUUUGUAAUCAUCGCCGUACUUGUGUACCUUGUCGCCUUCGAUGUACCACCAAGAGAACAUGUACCACCCCUUCCCAUCAACAACGCCCCCGCAGGUGAUGAGUCCACACCGGCUUCGCUGGAACUGACAAAAGUCACCUUCACCGGGUUCUUGGCUGUGUCAAUUACAGUCAUCCGCGACACUUCGCCCAGCAAAUUGACCGGCUGUUUCCUACUAUUCGCGGCCGCGGCUAUUGUGUUUGGGCUCUCAUGGAGGCUCCUGUCACAGUCCCACAUAAGGAAGUCUUUCACCGGUGUUUCAUCUGAUCCUUUUGAUUCUUCUGCCAGUCUGGCUUCCUUGGGCACACACGUCUGCAUUGUAAUCGCUACGUUUCUACUACUAGCAAUGGCCUGGACAUCGAGAGGAAAACCAUGCCAAGUAGUGAAACCAUGUACUUGAUAUUACUUUUUCUACACAUGCAUUUUUUUAAUCGCACCUGCGCUCAUAUAUAUGUAACAGGUUUUGUACUAAAUCUGUAAUUUAAUUCAAUUCUUCUUUCAGAUUCA